AUGGCGGCGGCGGCGGGCGGCGGCAGUUGCCCCGGGCCUGGCUCCGCGCGGGGCCGCUUCCCGGGCCGGCCGCGGGGCUCCGGCGGGGGCGGGGGCCGCGGCGGACGGGGCAGCGGGGCCGAGAGAGUGCGGGUAGCUCUGCGGCGCGGCGGCAGCGCGGCGGGGCCGGGCGGAGCCGAGCCCGGGGAGGACACGGCCCUGCUCCGUUUGCUGGGGCUCCGCCGGGGCCUGCGCCGGCUCCGCCGCCUGUGGGCCGGCCCGCGCAUUCAGCGGGGUCGGGGCCGGGGCCGGGGCCGGGGCUGGGGCCUGAGCCGAGGCUGCGUGCCGGAGGAGGAGAGCAGUGACGAGGAAUCCGACGAUGAGGAGUUUCAGGGUUUUCAUUCAGAUGAAGAUGUGGCCCCCAGUUCCCUGCGCUCUGCGCUCCGAUCCCAGCGAGGUCGAGCCCCCCGAGGUCGGGGCCGCAAGCAUAAGAUGACCCCCAUUCCGCCUCCUCGCCUAGCAGAUGUCGCUCCUACCCCCCCAAAGACUCCUGCCCGGAAACGGGGUGAGGAGGGCACAGAACGGAUGGUGCAGGCACUGACUGAACUUCUUCGCCGGGCCCAGGCACCCCCAGCCCCGCGGAGCCGGGCAUGUGAGCCCUCCACUCCACGUCGGUCUCGGGGACGGCCCCCAGGACGGCCAGCAGGCCCCUGCAGGAAGAAGCAACAAGCGGUAGUGGUGGCAGAAGCAGCUGUGACAAUCCCCAAACCUGAGCCCCCACCUCCUGUGGUUCCUGUAAAACAUCGAACUGGCAGCUGGAAGUGCAAGGAGGGGCCUGGCCCAGGACCUGGGACCCCCAAGCGUGGAGGACAGUCUGGGCGAGGAGGCCGUGGAGGUAGAGGCCGAGGCCGAGGCGGGCUCCCUCUUGUGAUCAAGUUUGUUUCAAAGGCCAAAAAAGUGAAGAUGGGACAGUUGUCCUUGGGACUUGAAUCAGGUCAGGGUCAAGAUCAACAUGAGGAAAGCUGGCAGGGUGCCCCCCAAGGAAGAGUUGGAUCUGGACAGGGAGAGGGCCCUUGCUGGAGAAAGGAGCAAAAGCUGGAGGAGGAGGGAGAGAAGGAGACAGAAGAAGAGAAGGACAAGGAAGAGCGAGAAGAGACGGUAGAGAGAGCCGGACCUGCAGAAGGGGUGAUGCUAGCAGAGGAAAAGGAAGACGCAAAGCUGCCAUCCCCACCCUCCACUCCGCCAGCCCCUGCAGCCCCUGCCGCCCCUCCACCCCCUCCACCUCCUCCACCAUCUCCACCUCCUCCACCCCCUCCACCCCUCCCACCCCCCUCCACUUCUCCUUCAUCCCCACUUUGCCCUCCACCACCCCCAGUGUCCCCUCUGCCCCCACCAUCGCCUCCACCGCCUCCUGCCCCAGAGGAGCAGGAAGAAUCCCCUCCUCCAGUGGUCCCAGCUACAUGCUCCAGGAAGAGGGGCCGGCCUCCCCUGACUCCCAGCCAGCGGGCAGAGCGAGAAGCUGCUCGGGCAGUGCCGGAGGGUACCUCUCCCCCCACUCCAACCCCCAGCACCAUCACAGGAGGCCCUCUGGAAGACAGCCCCACUGUGGCCCCCAAAAGUACCACCUUCCUGAAGAAUAUCCGGCAGUUUAUUAUGCCUGUGGUGAGUGCCCGCUCCUCCCGAGUCAUCAAGACACCCCGGCGAUUUAUGGAUGAAGACCCCCCCAAACCCCUAAAGGUAGAAGUCUCACCUACUCUGCGGCUUCCUGUUGCCACCUCCCCACCCCCCCCCCCCCAACCCCCCCCCCCCCCCCCCCCCCCCCCUCCCCCAACUCCCCCGUCUACCCCAGUCCCACUCCCUGAGAAGAGACGGUCCAUUCUGAGGGAACCCACGUUUCGCUGGACCUCGCUGACCCGGGAACUGCCCCCUCCUCCUCCUGCCCCCCCACCGGCCCCGCCCCCACCUCCUGCCCCUGUCACUCCAUCCCGGAGGCCCCUGCUCCUUCGGGCACCCCAGUUUACCCCAAGCGAAGCCCACCUGAAGAUCUACGAAUCGGUGCUUACUACUCCUCUUGGGGCCCCUGAAGCCCCUGAGCCAGAGCCUCCUCCCGCCGAUGACUCUCCAGCUGAGCCUGAGCCACGGGCAGCGGGCCGCACCAACCACCUCAGCCUGCCUCGAUUUGCCCCCGUGGUCGCCACUCCUGUCAAGGCCGAGGCGCCCCUUCCCGGGGCUCCAGCUCUGAGCAACGGGCAGCAGUGUCAGGCUCAGCUGCAGCAGCCCCUACAGGCCUUGCCAACCCAGCUGCUGCCCCAGGCGUUAGCACAGCCGCCGCAGGUACAGCCGCACUUGCACCUGCAGCCGCCGUCGCCCCUGGACAAGGCCCGAACCGCGGCCUCGGGCUCCUUACCGCUGUCUGGUGUGGAGGAGAAAAUGUUCAGCCUCCUCAAGAGAGCCAAGGUGCAGCUGUUCAAGAUCGAUCAGCAGCAGCAGCAGCAGAAGGUGGCGUCUUUGAUGCCGCCAAGCCCUGGAGGGCAGAUGGAGGAAGUCGUGGGGACUGUCAAACAGAUCUCAGAUAGAGGUUCUGUCAGGCCUGAAGAUGAAUCGAUGGAAACUAAGAGAGAGAGACCGUCGGGCCCCGAGUCCCCUGUGCAAGGCCCCCGUAUCAAACAUGUCUGUCGUCAUGCUGCUGUGGCCCUAGGUCAGGCCCGGGCCAUGGUGCCCGAAGACGUCCCCCGCCUCAGUGCUCUCCCUCUCCGGGAUCGGCAGGACCUCGCCACGGAGGAUACAUCAUCGGCGUCUGAGACUGAGAGCGUCCCAUCACGGUCUCGGCGGGGAAAGGUGGAGUCAGCAGGGCCUGGGGGAGACUCAGAGCCUGCAGGGUCUGGAGGGACCCUGGCCCAUACACCCCGGCGCUCGCUGCCCUCCCAUCAUGGCAAGAAGAUGCGGAUGGCACGGUGUGGACACUGUCGGGGCUGCCUGCGUGUGCAGGACUGUGGGUCCUGUGUCAACUGCCUGGACAAGCCCAAGUUUGGGGGCCCCAACACCAAGAAGCAGUGCUGUGUAUACCGGAAGUGCGACAAGAUAGAGGCUCGGAAGAUGGAACGGCUGGCUAAAAAAGGCCGGACGAUAGUGAAGACGCUGUUGCCCUGGGAUUCCGAUGAAUCUCCUGAGGCCUCCCCUGGUCCUCCAGGCCCACGCCGGGGGGCGGGAGCUGGGGGGCCCCGGGAGGAGGUGGUGGCCCCCCCAGGGCCCGAGGAGCAGGACUCCCUCCUACUGCAGCGCAAGUCAGCCCGGCGCUGCGUCAAACAGCGACCCUCCUAUGAUAUCUUCGAGGACUCGGAUGACUCAGAGCCCGGGGGUCCCCCUGCUCCCCGGCGUCGGACCCCCCGAGAGAAUGAGCUACCGGUGCCAGAACCCGAGGAGCAGAGCCGGCCCCGCAAACCCACCCUGCAGCCUGUGUUGCAGCUCAAGGCCCGAAGGCGCCUGGACAAGGAUGCUUUGGCCCCUGGCCCCUUUGCUUCUUUUCCCAAUGGCUGGACUGGAAAACAGAAGUCCCCUGAUGGAGUGCACCGGGUCCGUGUGGAUUUUAAGGAGGAUUGUGACCUGGAGAACGUGUGGCUAAUGGGUGGCCUCAGCGUGCUCACCUCCGUGCCAGGGGGCCCGCCGAUGGUGUGCUUGCUGUGUGCCAGCAAAGGCCUGCAUGAGCUGGUGUUCUGCCAAGUCUGCUGUGACCCUUUCCAUCCAUUCUGUCUGGAGGAGGCCGAGCGGCCCCUGCCCCAACAUCAUGACACCUGGUGCUGCCGCCGCUGCAAGUUUUGCCAUGUCUGUGGGCGCAAAGGCCGGGGAUCCAAGCACCUCUUGGAGUGUGAGCGCUGCCGCCAUGCUUAUCACCCAGCCUGCCUGGGUCCCAGCUACCCAACCCGGGCCACACGCAAACGGCGCCACUGGAUCUGCUCAGCCUGCGUACGCUGUAAGAGCUGUGGGGCAACCCCAGGCAAGAACUGGGACGUCGAGUGGUCCGGAGAUUACAGCCUCUGCCCCAGGUGCACCCAGCUCUAUGAGAAAGGAAACUUCUGCCCCAUCUGCACGCGCUGCUACGAGGACAACGACUACGAGAGCAAGAUGAUGCAGUGCGCGCAGUGUGACCACUGGGUGCACGCCAAGUGCGAGGGGCUCUCAGAUGAAGACUAUGAAAUCCUUUCUGGGCUGCCGGACUCAGUGCUGUACACCUGCGGACCGUGCGCGGGGGCCACGCACCCCCGCUGGCGAGAGGCCCUGAGUGGGGCCCUGCAGGGGGGCCUGCGCCAGGUGCUCCAGGGCCUGCUGAGCUCCAAGGUGGCCGGCCCACUGCUGCUGUGCACUCAGUGUGGGCAGGCCGGAAAGCAGCUGCACCCAGGCCCUUGCGAUCUGCAAGCCGUGAGUCGGCGCUUCGAGGAAGGCCACUACAAGUCUGUGCACAGCUUUAUGGAGGACAUGGUGGGCAUCCUGAUGAAGCACUCAGAAGAAGGAGAGACCCCAGAGCGCCGGGCUGGAGGCCAGAUGAAGGGGCUCCUACUGAAGCUGUUAGAGUCUGCGUUCGGCUGGUUCGACGCCCACGACCCCAAGUACUGGCGACGGAGUACCCGGCUGCCAAACGGAGUUCUUCCCAAUGCCGUGUUGCCCCCAUCCUUGGACCAUGUCUACGCUCAGUGGAGGCAGCAGGAACCAGAGACCCCAGAAUCAGGGCAGCCUCCAGGGGACCCCUCAGCAGCUUUUCAGGGCAAGGAUCCAGCUGCUUUCUCACACCUGGAGGACCCUCGUCAGUGUGCGCUCUGCCUCAAAUAUGGGGAUGCGGAUUCUAAGGAGGCAGGACGGCUCCUAUACAUUGGGCAGAAUGAGUGGACACACGUCAACUGUGCCAUUUGGUCAGCUGAAGUGUUUGAGGAAAAUGAUGGCUCCCUCAAAAACGUGCAUGCUGCUGUGGCUCGAGGGAGGCAGAUGCGCUGUGAACUCUGCCUGAAGCCUGGAGCCACAGUGGGCUGCUGCCUUUCCUCCUGCCUCAGCAACUUCCACUUCAUGUGUGCCCGGGCCAGCUACUGCAUCUUCCAGGAUGACAAGAAAGUUUUCUGCCAGAAACACACAGACCUGCUGGAUGGCAAGGAGAUUGUGACCCCUGAUGGUUUUGAUGUUCUCCGCCGAGUCUAUGUGGACUUCGAGGGCAUCAACUUUAAGCGAAAGUUCUUGACGGGGCUCGAACCUGAUGCCAUCAAUGUGCUCAUUGGCUCCAUCCGAAUUGACUCCUUGGGUACCCUGUCUGAUCUCUCGGACUGCGAGGGACGGCUCUUCCCCAUUGGCUACCAGUGCUCCCGUCUGUACUGGAGCACAGUGGAUGCUCGGCGGCGCUGCUGGUAUCGGUGUCGUAUUCUGGAGUAUCGGCCGUGGGGUCCGAGGGAAGAGCCAGUUCACCUGGAGGCAGCAGAGGAGAAUCAGACCAUUGUGCACAGCCCCGCCCCUUCCUCAGAUGCAGAUGCCCUUAUCCCUGGAGCUCCUGAGCACCACUCACCUGUUCAGAACCUGGACCCCCCACUUCGGCCGGAUCCAAGCAGUGCCCCUCCUCUGGCUCCCCGCUCCUUCUCAGGGGCUCGAAUCAAAGUGCCCAACUACUCACCAUCCCGGAGGCCCUUGGGGGGUGUCUCCUUUGGACCCCUGCCCUCCCCUGGAAGUCCAUCUUCUCUGACCCACCACAUCCCCACGGUGGGAGACCUGGACUUCCCAGCUCCCCCCAGACGUUCCCGUCGUCCCAGCCCCCUGGCCCCAAGGCUGCCGGCAUCACGGCGGGCCUCUCCCCCUCUCAGAACCUCCCCACAGCUCAGGGUGCCCCCUCCUACCUCAGUCGUUAGAGCCCUCACGCCUACCUCAGGGGAGCUGGCUCCCCCUGGCCCAGCCCCAUCUCCUCCACCACCCCCUGAAGACCUGGGCCCAGACUUUGAGGACAUGGAGGUGGUGUCAGGACUGAGUGCUGCUGACCUGGACUUUGCGGCCAGCCUGCUGGGGACUGAGCCCUUCCAGGAAGAGAUUGUGGCUGCGGGGGCAGUGGGGAGCGGCCACGGGGGUCCAGGGGACAGCUCAGAGGAAGAGGCCAGCCCUACCCCCCGCUAUGUCCACUUCCCUGUGACUGUGGUGUCUGGCCCUGCCCUGGCCCCUGGUGCCCUUCCUGGAGCCCCCCGCAUCGAACAGCUGGAUGGAGUGGAUGACGGCACGGACAGUGAGGCAGAGGCCAUCCAGCAGCCUCGGGGCCAGGGGACUCCUCCUUCGGGGCCAGGAGUGGGCCGGGCCGGGGUCAUCGGGGCUGCAGGGGACAGAACCCGACCUCCUGAGGACUUGCCAUCAGAAAUUGUGGAUUUUGUGUUGAAGAACCUAGGGGGGCCUGGGGAGGGAGGUGCUGGGCCCAGAGAGGAGCCCCUCCCCCCAGCACCUCCCCUGGCCAAUGGCAGCCAGCCUCCCCAGGGCCUGCCCCCUAGCCCAGCUGACCCCACUCGGACGUUUGCCUGGCUUCCUGGGGCCCCAGGGGUCCGGGUAUUGAGCCUGGGCCCUGCCCCUGAGCCUCCCAAACCCGCCACAUCCAAAAUCAUCCUUGUCAACAAGCUGGGGCAAGUGUUUGUGAAGAUGGCUGGGGAGGGUGAGCCCGUCUCACCCCCGGUGAAGCAGCCACCUCUGCCCCCUCCCAUCCCCCCCACAGCCCCUGCUUCCUGGACUCUGCCCCCGGGACCUCUGCUGGGUGUGUUGCCAGUGGUAGGGGUGGUCCGCCCCGCCCCACCACCCCCCCCUCCUCCACUGACACUGGUGUUGAGCAGUGGGCCCCCCAGCCCGCCUCAUCAGGCCAUCCGCGUCAAGAGGGUGUCCACCUUCUCUGGCCGUUCCCCACCAGCGCCUCCCCCAAACAAGACCCCCCGGCUGGAGGAAGACAGAGAGUCUUUGGAGGAUGCUCCCCAGGGUCCAGGGCUUAGUGGCAGCGGGUUUAGCCGAGUGAGGAUGAAAACGCCCACAGUGCGUGGAGUUCUCGACUUGGAUGAGCCUGGGGAACCCACUGGGGAGGAAAGUCCGAGGCUCCUCCAGGACCGGUCCCCUCUGCUGCCACUCCCAGAAGGUGGUCCUCCCCGGGCCCCCGAUGGUCCCCCUGACCUGCUGCUUGAGUCCCAGUGGCACCACUACUCAGGGACCACGCCACAUUUUGGUAGAGGAAACAGACACGUACGUUAGCAAGUGUACUGCAGCUGAGAACGAGCGCCGUGAGAAAGAAGGCAAUGAGAGCGCCCGGGUGAGGCCCCUGUAGUCAGCCUGUCGGGUUCAGGGAACAGAAUGGAGGUGAGGCUGGGGUACGGGCAAAGAGGAGGUGGAGGAAGUUGUCAGAGGUGAGCCCAGGGGCACUGAGGCCUGGAGAUGGUUUGGGUCGUACAGCAAAUCAGGUUUGGAGUCUUGCCUCAGGCUGGGAGGGCACACGGUCGGGUUGGCCCAGAGGAGUGGUGUGGGGCGCAAGCGUGGCCACGCGGGCCCUGCCUCUCCUCCAGAGCACGCUCCACUCGAACUGAGGUUUUCCCCACCCUCCCCCUCCAGACCUGACGGUCAGCCCUCAGUCCGCACCCACCGUGAUUGAGCGAGCCACUGCCUCUGAGCUGAUCCCCCCUCCCACCUCCUUGUAGCACUUCCUUCGAUGGCUUCCAACACCCGCCCCUCCCCCCCACCCCGAUCCUGCCUCCUCCUUGCCCCAGCCUGUCACUUUGGCAUGUCCCAGGGCCCCGGCCUUGACUUCUCUGUCUGUACCUACUCUUGGGUGUUCUCAUCUGCUUCAUGGCUCUAAAUCCCAUCUCUUAUUCUGACAGCCGGUGGAUUGGUAGCCAGGCUCCUAGAUCCUGCUGCCUGCUCCCUGUCUCCACUGGCAGGUUGCAAGGGCAGGUUUUCUAAGAGGAAUUUCGGACUCAGCAUAUCCGAAACUGAGUUCUCUGCCUUCGCCCCAAACUUGUUCCUCCCUCUCCCUCACCAUCUGUCUCAUCAUCGGCAGUUUUACCAUUCCCGUUGUUCAGGCCCCAAACCUCAGAGUUGUCCUUGACCCUCCACUGGCUCUCACAUCCCCGUCUCCUACAGCAGCAAGUCCUGUCUGUUCCGUCUUGAAAAUCUUUAGCCCCUGAGAAGUCCCUUAAAUUGCUCGUAACGUACAUAUACUCGACUCUGUGGGUAGGAGCCUAUAUAAUAAGUUUGCGUAUAAAAAAAUGCAUGUGCAAAAGAUACUUCUGGUACUUCUAAUUUUCUGUGAGAGAAGAAUGAAGGGUAGAUGGGCAUUUUUGGUAAAAUGGGUUGGAGUGAGCCAGAGUGUCAGAGCGUGUCCUGCAGAGCCAGGGCAUUCCAAGCCUCUGUGGACAUGCUCAUCUCUCCAGGAACUCUCACAGAAAAGGGACCGCGGGCUCUUUAGAGAAAAACGAUGUCCAUCCUGUAGGGCUCACGGGGCAAUGAGAGCAGGAAGAGAGCCCUCAGACCAAGUAUCUGUGCUUGUGCAGGGAGAGGAAGGGAGGGGGUGAGGAACCUGGGACCCUGGGGUCCAGGAGGGGUGAUCCUCACCUGCUCUGACCUGCUGCUUGG